CGUGCACUAAGAUUCAGUGAACUGUGCUAUUUUUGUGGGGAAGUAUGACUAAUCAUCAGAAGAAUGUGGGAAUACAACCUCCUUUGAAAAUAUUUUUAGCUCGUGCAAUCUACGAUAAUUUAUCAGAAAACCCAACCGAAUUAAACUUUUCACGUGGUGAUUUAGUUACUGUUUUGGAUAGAAAUCCUUCUGGUUUAAAAGGUUGGUGGGUGUGCAGUAUACGUGGUCAACUUGGGAUUGCACCAGGAAAUCGUUUGGAAUUAUUAGGUCUUAUACAUAAAACGAAAGAAAGAAACAAUUCAGAUGUUUAUGAUGAUCCAACUGGAUGGUGUAUAUCAAGUAAUGAAUUGGAAAAUAAUGCAAAUGAAAAUGAUGUUUUCACAGAAAAGUCAACAAUUUCAUUGUCUAAACCAGCAACUACUCACAUUAACACCAUCACUACCAACCCAACGACAACAACAGCAAUAAAAUCUAGUCCAUCAGAAAAACAUCCCCAUUUAUUUGCCCAUAAUCCUUGUCUUGUUUAUGAAAAUAUAGAUUACUAUACAAAAAACUAUAGUCCUGUAGGUUUGACGGAUAGUGGCAAUUUCUCGAAUCGAUCAAGUGAUGUCUCCUUCAGUAUACAUUCAAUAAAUGAUGGAACUGUUGGUCAAAAAAAUAAUAAUUUAGAUUCAUAUGAAGACUAUGAAGAUCUACCGCCCAACAUACCAUAUGAAUUUCGUGAUACAUUUAAUUUGCUAAAACAAGAAUCUGAACAACUCAGUCCUCCGGAUCAUAACAGAACAGAAAUGAAAUACAUUCCAUUAUAG